CAUAUCAACUAUCAAAAUGAUGAAGAGACAUCAACUAAACGGAUUCUUACAUCAUUACAGUAAUUAUUACUAACACGAAUAAAGAGUAAUAACAGUGUGAGUUUCACUACUAUUCAGUCAUCCCUGUUCAAGGUUCCUUUUUCAGUUUCGCUGAGAAAGGAAAAGAACAGAAAGAGGUGCAAAUGGGCACCACAACAACACUGCGCCUCUGUUACUUCCCAAACUGCUUCAUCACACAUCCCUGUGGAAGCAUCAGCAACAAGUGCAUGUUCUCUACAACACAACACCAAACCACCAUCUCUCUCCCUCUCAGUUCCUCCACUCACUUCCACCUUCUCGCUUCGCAAACCACCAACACCACAACCGCACGGAAAAAUCGAAGGCUGAAAACCGAUGAUGAGAUCUGCUCCGAAAUUCGUCAAUUUAUCGCUGAAGUUGGACUCCCUCACGACCACAUUCCCUCUACCAAAGAGCUUAUACUCCAUGGAAGGAAUGACCUGGCAAACAUUGUUAGACGGAGAGGUCAUAAAAAGAUCCAGGAUCUUCUCACAAGCUCAUUAUAUGGUGACAUUGAUUCUUUAAACACAGGAAAAAUUUUAGAUGAAAGACUGGAUGCUGCAAAUGAUAGUGUGGAUGUAUUAACAGGUCAGAAUGAGAAAGUUGACGUCUUGGUCGAUGGUGUCAUGGCAUCGACUGAAUUUCCUCAUGGGGAGGGGGACAGCUCUGGUAGUACGUUUGCUGACUCAACUCUGAGUUUAGAUGAAUGCACUUCAAUCCCUGUAGGAUCCUCGACUAGUUCAUCAGUGGAGGAUGGGGUAGGGGAACUCAAAGAUUAUGCUGAAGAGGUUAACAAUGUGACAGAGGGGAAUUUCCGCCCAACUGAAGUGACCACUGUGGAUACUGAUUGCAGUAGUUCAAUGGACGGUUUUUAUCCCAAUUUUGAUAGCCUAAGUUCCAUGCCAACAGAAAUUUCUGGUGAAUCACCAUUUGAGACAACGUUGUUUGGAAAUUCAGAGCGUGAGGACACUUUAAUGGCAAAAAUGGUUGGAGAUAUUACCUUUCCCUUGUCAGUUCCUUCCAUGGAAAACCAAUCCAAUGUUUCAUUUAAGGAUCCUGAUCUUGACACUGGAGACAAAGUGUUCACUCAUUUGGAACCAUCAAUUGAUUUGUCCAUGGAGCAAAAGGACUUGGGUGUGUUAGAAGACAUCAGUGAUGUAUAUCUUGAGACCUCGUCCAACUUAUCUUUGGAGGAAAGGGUCGCAAAUUUUAUUCAGAAUGGAAAUUUAGAUGCAGUUGAAGGUGCACGUCCACAUAAAGAGAAUAAUGCCAUGGCACCUAAUGGGAACUCACUGACAUCCAAUCAAGUUAUUCCGCCUGGAAAAUUGGACCAGCCUCUUUGGGACGAUCACAUGCCACAUGAGGAUCCAAUAACUCAUUUUGGCAAGGAUUUGGAUGCCGAGGCUCCAAAUGUACAAAAUCAAAGUGAGAUAAAUCAUCUCAAGUUCAUGCUGUACCAGAAGGAGUUGGAGUUGACUCGGCUGAAGGAACAGAUUGAGAAGGAAAAGCAUGCUUUGUCUGUCUUGCAAACCAAGGCGGAGGAGGAAAUCAGCAAAGCCAGAAAACUUUUAUCUGAAAAAGAUGCAGAGCUGCUUGAAGCUGAAGAAAGUCUUUCAGGACUCAAGGAGGUUCUUAUUGAGUUCUCUGGUGAUGGUGAUGUCGUGGAGGUAGCUGGAAGCUUCAACGGCUGGCAUCACCCAAUAAAGAUGGACCCUCAACCUCAGCCAUUAACUAGUGUUAUAGACCAUGGUGGAUCAAGAAAAUCCAGAUUUUGGUCAGCGAUGCUGUGGCUAUAUCCAGGUGUAUAUGAGAUAAAAUUUGUUGUUGAUGGCCACUGGACAACAGACCCUCAACGGGAAUCAGUAGGAAGGGGUCACAUAUGUAACAACAUUUUAAGAGUAGAUAGAUGAUGCAUUCUAGUUCAGGCCAUAAGUGCCAGAUGUAUAUAACAAGGCUGAUGAUGUAGGGUGAAUAUCAAUUGAAGAUAAUGGUUUGCUAUGAGCUUCCAAAUCAUCAAUAUGAACAAGAGAGGACACAAGCACACAAGAAAUAUCAGCAAUUGGAUCGAGUGUCUUCUAAUACCAUCUAGUAUGUGCAUUUAAUUUUGAGAUUAGUGAUUCUGAUGUUUAUCUUCCGCGUAUGGGCAAGGAUUUGUUUGUAGUUGGGAGAAAAUCGACCAUUAGGCGUGGGCUAAUAAUAGUGAGGGAUUUAGAUAGUUUUAGAAAGAGGUCAUUGGUUUUAACUUUUAACGUCCACACCUUUUGUCAUUUUUUUGUGGUUCAUUAUAAAAACGUCUCACAAGAACCAUGAUGCAAAUUCAUUUUGCUGAGCACUGUAAAUUUAAGAUGCGAUGUAGUAUGAUGGAUGGCAUCAAAUUUAAAGAUUUAGUUAGACUCAUUUAAAUGGUGUCUUCUAAAGUGAUGAUUCAAUUAA